AUGGCAGCUUCACAAAACCCCUCGAUGUUGCUACACCUUCCCAACGAGCUUCUUCUUCAAAUCUUCACAAUCUUGCCCAAGAUUGGGGAUGCACUAAACCUGUCUGAAACAUGCCAUCAACUUCACCAACUCUUUACGAGCCCAAGGCACGAGCUCAACAUCCUUCAGUCCAUUGCAGGAGUGCAAACACCCGCCUACCCGGACUUGGCAGCCGCCUUCUCUUCUUGUCUUGUUAAACUUUCCGAUCUAUCAUGGUGGAUACAAGGACGCGAAGGGGUAAACUACAUAUUCACUUUCGACUAUGACAACUUUGAUCGCCAGACAGUCGAAAAAUACAACCUGCAGGGUCUAAACUUGAUGUGCACAAAGACGUCCUAUCGAACUGCGCUGUUUCAAUUUCUAGCCCAGUUUCACGACUUGGCUCAACACAAUGGUACUGGUUUCUACGAGGAUAUAACCCUCAAGCUAUUUUCGCAUGCCGCCAAACUCCAGGAAGUUGCUCUACACCAAUCACAAACCACGCCAGACUUGUACUCCGACAGCAUGCUAAUUGCACUGGCUCUGCAUUGUUUUGUCAAGCUGUGGGUGCUUUGGUUCCUGUGGGAUUACCCUCCGAUUGAGGAUAUUAGGUCACAAUAUUUGGGACAUGCUCUCGAUGAUGAGUUGCAUCUACCCUUGAUUCCCUCCGUGCGCAUUGAAAAGGAUUUUUCGGGAGACCAAUUUCCACGGCAAGCACCAGCACCUGCUCCCGUAAGCGCCGGGUGGGAAGAUGGGAAUGUGGGAUCAGAUCUGCAAUAUUUACUGCAAGCCAGUCGGCGAGUGAUGGAGCAGGGGAGAAAAGAAGACUGGCCUACUCUUAUCCAUGUUCUUUGUCUCUUGCGCCAAAUCAUCGGCCUCAUUGACAAGCUCGUGGAUUGUCUGCCUCGUGCAUGGAGCGGCGUUCCGCUAACAUCUGCGCGCGACUUGCUCGAGUCACAAACAUCAGACCUCGGCCGCCGUUACUAUGUACACAGUCGUGGCGGACAGCCAUUGACGGUCAAGAGCUGCCAAGAAUGGUACCAGAAAGAAGCUGACAUACAUCCGUCAGCUGUCAAGGGUUUCUGCUGGCUGAAUGAAGAGUGGCUGCAGGUGGUUGCAGACGAUCCCAAGUGCCUCCGUGAUAAAGCGCACAGAGGGGUCGACUUUUUUCCUGGGAAGAUUAAAAUUUUUGAGAAUGGAGAUCCCCAUUUUCACGAGUGUUGGCUUUGUCCACCUAACCACUCAAUAUGGGAUCCCUAA